AUGCUUGCGCUUGCUGCGCUUUUCACUUUCACUAGUCUGGGCUUCUUUCCUCACUGCUCUCCCCACUCCUCUGCGCCCCCUUCACUUCCCCAUUUUCUCCCCCUUCUCCUCCCUUUUCUCUCUCUCUCCCGAUCUGCCCCCUCCCGUCCCAGCAGGUCGCUCACACGGGAGUGGCAGUGGCGGGAGGGGACGGGGACAGAACUCCACUCCGCUGGGAUGGGAUGGGAGAGUAUCGGGAUUGAGUCGUCUGAAACAAGCAGGUCGCUCACACGGGAGUGGCAGUGGCGGGGGACAUGGAGUGCACAGGCAGCAGCUGCUCCCCACCCAACCCACCCACAGCUAAGUUCCUGCCCUGCUUUUUUUCUCCCAACCGUCUCUGCCGUUCCAUUCCAUCUUCAUCCUAGCUGCCUUCCUCGUUUCGUGUCUCUUCAAACGCCUCUCGUCAUGCCACAACUACAAGCCACAGACCCCCUUUUCUUAGUUUUUUCCUUGCCGGCUGAGGGGAGGGGCGUGGGGGUCAACACCGCCACUCUCCCGCCUCUCCCCUUGUGGCCUUGCAGUUUCGGUUUACAACCGUUGCUCACCCCUCUCCACUCACUUGUUUUUCUUCUCCUCCAUGCCUCCCUCGUCUCUCCCUGCAGCAUCAGCAGCCAGUCCGCUCCUGCAGCAGAGGCGCAUGCGGGCGGGUUAAGGGGUGUCACUCCUUCCAGAGCAUGUGGGCUGCUUGCUGCUGACACGUGUCCUGCUUGCUGGUUGAGGGGAGGGGCAUGGGGUCAACACCGCCGCUUCCCCAGCCCCUCCCCUGGUGGCCUUGCAGGUACCCACGGGGACGGGAAGGAGGCAGCACUGCAGCAGACUGAUGCGGGUGCUGCCAGGGAGAGUAUCGGGGUGGGCUUGGCACCCUCAAGGUCACUUGGCGUCAAGAGAAGAUUGCAGCUGAGGAAGCAGAGUAGCAGACUGGCAGCAGCAGUAGCAGCAGCAGAAGCGGCAGCGACAGCAGCAGUAGCAGCAGCGGGGGUUGGGGGGCUAGGGGCAGGUUAG